AUGCCGUGUUACGCCAGGAUCCUGCUUUUGCUCUUCUGUCUGAUCCUCGUCGGGGAGUGCCGAAAGCACAAAAGUCGGAAAAAGCGCUGGUCCACGCCGGCGGAUUCCCACAAACAAGGCGCCCCCCUCUCCAAGAAGGUGGUGGACGGGACCAAAACUCGAAAGGUGAAGCCGGACCAUCUGCUGCGCGUAGAUGACCAUGACUUCACCAUGAGGCCAGCCUUCGCAGGUCCGGCCGUCCCCGUUGGAGUUGACGUCCAGGUGGAGAGCUUGGACAGCAUAUCAGAAGUCGACAUGGACUUCACCAUGACCCUGUAUCUACGGCACUACUGGAAGGAUGAGCGGCUGGCCUUCCCGAGCACAACCAACAAGAGCAUGACCUUCGACGGACGCCUGGUGAAGAAGAUCUGGGUGCCAGACGUGUUCUUCGUCCACUCCAAGAGGUCAUUCAUCCACGAUACCACCACCGACAAUAUCAUGCUGCGGGUGUUCCCCGACGGCCACGUCCUCUACAGCCUGAGGGUUACAGUCACUGCUGCCUGUAACAUGGACUUCAGCCGCUUCCCUCUGGAUUCACAGACAUGCACGCUGGAGCUGGAGAGCUAUGCUUACACGGAUGAGGACCUGAUGCUGUACUGGAAAAGCGGGGACGAGUCCCUCAGUACAGACGACAGGAUCUCUCUCUCCCAGUUUCUCAUCCAGAAGUUUCACACCACAUCCAGACUGGCUUUCUACAGCAGCACAGGCUGGUACAACCGGCUAUACAUCAACUUCACCCUGCGGCGUCACAUCUUCUUCUUCCUGCUCCAGACCUACUUCCCCGCCACGCUGAUGGUCAUGCUGUCCUGGGUGUCCUUCUGGAUCGACCGCAGGGCGGUCCCCGCCAGGGUCUCCUUGGGUAUAACCACAGUGCUCACCAUGUCCACCAUCAUCACCGGGGUUAACGCCUCCAUGCCCAGGGUCUCCUACAUCAAAGCUGUGGACAUCUACCUCUGGGUCAGUUUCGUCUUCGUCUUCCUGUCGGUGCUGGAGUACGCCGCCGUCAACUACCUGACCACUGUGAGGGACGGAAAAGACCGAAAGCUGAGAGAAAAAGUCACAGAACAGUCUGGCAGCCUGUCCAGGUCACAGACUCUGCCCUGUACCUGCGGCAUGUCCCACACCAGAACCAUGAUGCUGGACGGGACCUACAGCGAGGCUGAUGCCAACAGUCUGGCAGGGUACACCCGGGCCCCCAUUGUGGCUGAGGACCCAGCGGAGAAGCAGGAGCGGAUGGUGGUUCACCUCUCCUUGGACAACGAAUCCACGGGAAACAAGAAAAAGGGCAUCCGGGGCUUCCGGAUCAUCCAGAAUACGCAUGCCAUCGACACCUACUCCCGCAUGAUCUUCCCCGGUGCCUACAUCUUCUUCAACCUGAUCUAUUGGUCCGUGUAUUGCUGA